UUCACUUUGUUAAUAAAUGAAUCCGCCAUCCUCUCAAGCGUGUCUUUGCGUCAUGCCGGUCUUAAAUAUUUCACGCUUUUGCCGCGAUGGCCAUUAUUACAAAGAAACUCCAGUAUUGUUUCCAUAUUUUGCAUUUUGGCGAUAUUUCCUUCAAAUUUAAGCAUCUCUGAUUCUCGUCUAAAGUCUUAAACCAUCAUCACUUCAUCACACUCUUUAGUCGCCGCCACCACUACUACUACUGCUGCUACUGCCCGUAAUAUUAUCCCUCCACCUAGAUCUUUCUGUUUUCGCUUUUUGACGGCGUAACACGUCGUAGGUUUUUGUGGUUUUGUAGAUAACCAAAAAAAAAAAAAAAAACCCUAAAAAGAUGGACUUAAGCGUAGUCCCAUACAAGCAUCACCACAACUCAGCCAACAACAAGGCCGACAAUGAGAGCGAGGACGGCGACGUGGUGGAGCCCAAGAACAACGCCGCCAACAACAACAACAACAACCUUAAUAACAAGAACAUUCUUAACUCCAAUUGCAACGACGUCAAGUACAAGGAGUGCAUGAGGAACCACGCAGCCUCCAUUGGCGGCCACGCUAACGACGGCUGCGGUGAGUUCAUGCCAUCCUCCGCCGAGGCGGAAAAAAGCGACAUGUCGCCGUCGUCCCUCACGUGCGCUGCGUGCGGCUGCCACCGGAACUUCCACCGGAGGGAAAUAAUCGGGUGCGAGCAGAACUUGUUAUACCCCGUGCACUCCCCUCCUCCCCAGCCCGUGCUUCUGUAUAACGCCGUGGGGCCCGCCACCCCACGGUGGGACCCGAAGAUGAGCGUCGUUGGGCCGCCCCGGCGCCACCAGAUUCACUCCCUCCACCGAAACGGCAGUGGCGGAGGAGGGAGGGGAAUUGUGGAGGCGCGUGAGGGCCGCGCCGAGUGUGGAGCUGAGGUCAGGGAGUAUUACGACCGGCGGUCGUCGGAGACACCGGAGAGGGAGGACGUGUCGGCGCCAUCCGCGAUGGCGGGUUCCGGGGGAGGAGGGAAGAGGUUCAGGACGAAGUUCACGCUGGAGCAGAAGGAUAGGAUGCUGGCGUUCGCAGAUAGGAUCGGGUGGAGGAUACAGAGGCAGGAUGACGUGGCGAUCAACCAGUUCUGCUCCGAGAUUGGGGUCAAGCGUAAUGUGCUCAAGGUUUGGAUGCACAAUAACAAGAAUGCGCACCGCCGUAGGGAAUCAGCUCCGCCGUCGCUCGCGGAGGCGCCGACACCUCCGACGCCGCAAGCGGUUGGGGUCUGAAAAUCAUUAUAUUUAUAUUAUUUUAACUCCUCCACUUUUACUAAUAUUUGACAUCCUUAAUUUGUUGUCUUUUUCUCUUCAUUAGUUCUAAUUUGAUUUUUGUUUUGUUUUUGGAUUUA